AUGGUAUCCCUCAUCGAAGGCCAAAAGGCAACGCUUAGCCCAGAAGCAGUCGACUUUCUCACAAAGAUCCGCCACCCGCCACUGGCCAACACCAUCUCAUCUUUCAUAACAUCACCAUGUCGCGUCCCAGGUCUGCGACAGGGCUUUACAGAGAAGACAGCUCCUGGUGAAGCUCAACUUAUUGAGAAGCACAAGAUCCAGGUCACUGAGGCUAUCAUCUCUGGAGUCUCGGUUGCCGUAAUUGAACCGCCAGUCAUCAAGCCUGAGAAACAGAAGAAAAUCCUCUUCAAUGUCUUUGGCGGAGCGUUUAUUAUGGGCAGCCCCAGAGAUAGAGCUGCACUUACUAUGGCGGUUGAGCUAGGCGUUCGUGUCUACUCGGUUGAUUACACUAAAUCCCCUGAGGCCAAGUAUCCUGAAGCUCGGGAUCAAUGUCUUGCAGUAUACCGCGAGCUCCUCCGGAACGGCCCUCCAGGCGGCACUCCUAUUGAUCCCUCCAACAUUCAUGCAAUGGGAUGCUCUUCGGGUGCACAUAUACUCGUCUCAAUGCUUCUUGUCGCGAGACAAAAGGGUUUUCCGAUGCCAACAGCUGGGAUGUAUCUCUGCACGCCUGCCCUCGACCUGAGUGGAGCUGGCGAUUCGAUGGUCUUCAACUCUUUAGGGCGCGAUAUCAUGCCUGUUAGUCUUCUCACUGGCAUGGUAUCCCAGAACUAUGCUCCCGACGGAAUCGAUACGAAGGAUCCUCUUUACUCGCCUAUUUACGCUGAUUACGAUGACUCUUUCCCGCCGACGGUCAUCACUGUCGGGACGCGGGACUUUGCACUUAGCCAUGGGAUAAGGUUUUAUUGGAAACUGAGGGAGGUUGGUGUGAAGGUUGAGCUCCUGGUCUCUGAGGGAAUGUGGCAUGGCUUCAAUUGGGAUCCGGUGAUCCCGGAGUCAAUCAGGGCUCGUGCUGCAGUGAUCGAGUUCCUGGAAAACUCACAAUAA